AAUGGUCCAAGGACUAAACAAAGAAGCCGAGGAAAGAUUCAUAAUUAGGAGAUGGAAGGGAAGGGAAGAGCAAAAGAGAAAAAGUAAGUUAGAUGCAUCCCAUGGAAGGGGGUUAUGGGAGUGGAAACCAAAGCAUCAGCAGCAUCACUAGUUGGGGGCUUCCAGCACAUGCUUGGAAAUCGAAAACUUUCCAAACUUGCAGAAAUGUAUGGGGAAAUUUCAUAACAUUAGAUGAUAGCACAAGUGGUAAAAGGAGGUUCGAUGCUGCAAGAUUUCUAAUUAUCGCACCAUCGUCAGAGUCCAUAUUUAAGUCCAUCAUUGUGAAGAUUAAUGGAGAGUUUUACACACUCAAAUUUACGGAGGAAGAAUCAACAAAUAACCUCUUCUCCAUGAGAUCGGACAGGGCAUUUCAUGUACCCGACGAGGAAGAGGAUGAAGAAAGCUGGUCCCAAGGGAGUUCCAAUGAUGGUGAUCUCAGCUUUGACGUGGAGAAAAUGGAGCAAGUCAAAAUUCAAGCCCUAGAGGCUGAAGGAGGUGAUAACCAGAACAUGUUUGAAAAUGAAGUAGUGCUAUCUAAUGAUGUGGAUGGGAUUGGCAACGAGUUGGCAUUUCAAGUUGAUGAGGUGGAAGCCAAUAAGGAUGAGCCUAAACACAACAGCAAGAAGUAUGCUGAAAUGGAUGGGACUAACACAGAGAAUGGCAAUAAUACAGAGGACAGUGACAUCCAACUGGAGGGCUCUGAUGAACAAAUCUCAAAAAUCCAAUCAUAGGGAAAACCAAAAAGGUGGGAGUUUCCUAAGAGCUAAAGGGUGAUGAUGGUGAAGAAGGGUACCUAGGGGAAGAUUUCCUGAAAAAUACAGUUGUAGUACUGGA